GCCUCCGAAGCCCCCUGGUCCCCUAGCUUCCUGGGGGGAGCCGUGAGUUCCAGUGUCCGAGCCCCCGAGCUGCCGUGCCGCCCACCCUGAGGCUCCUGCGACUGAUCUCGGCGCUGGGUUUCUCCACCACGGGGUCCCUGGAUCUGCGGGGCGCGGGUGCAGUGUUCCCAGGGCCGGAGAUAACUUAAGGCGGUAACAGCGCGCCGGACCGCGAUCUCCGGCGGACGUGGGCCGUGGUCCCUGCGCCUGCACGUGCGGGGCCGGGUUUAACUUUCAAUGCUCUGCUGAGACUCAGGGGGCCCCACAGGACAGUGUCCCGAGCACGGAGGAGGGAGCGAGUUAGGGCACAUGGGGGCGCUUUUAGGUUGUCUCCUCCUCUUAAUUUUUUCAUUCAAGGAACUAACUUUUUUUUUUUUUUUUGAAUGCCUGAUAAGCUCCAGGAAUUGACACUGGAGAUGACACAGUCCCUGCUGUCAGGACCUAGGGAACCGAGGCAUAAGGAAAGUAGGUCGUUUUAACCUGGAGGAGGAAGCUGUCGCCGCGCUGGACGGGAACCCUUCUGAGAAAGGACUGGAUUUCAGUAUGGCCAAGGGGAGGACUGGUGUUUGGAGCCAGUGCUGGUGCCGAGAAGGGCCAUACCCCAGCCCAGUGCUCUGCACCUCACAGAGUGCUAGUUGGCUUCCUGUGAAAAACCACCUCUGACUUCACUUUUUUGUGCUGCUUGCUGUGUUUUGCUCCUGUGAUAAGCCGUUUGUGUUCCUGUGCACUGGAAGUUCUUCUAGAGCGGUGUGGGAAGAGACCUCAAAACCCCCAGCAUGGAGCCCACGGAUCCCCCUCCUCCAUCUGUGCCCCUGCAUGUGUGUUUUCCUUCUGUGCUGUCCCAUGCAGAACAGCCAGAGUCUAACUAGCCUGAUGAGUCACAUGGGAUGAGGAAUGGUGGUUUAGGAUACAUUUUGGAUGUAUGUCAUUUGCGUGUGACAUUUUUCAGGUAUUCUAAUUUAAAUAAAGAUCCAGGACCUUUGAUUUUAAUUCUAGCCUUAACUCUCUUCCAGGGGAUGAAUACAAAUUUUAACCUAGGAAUUAGAAGUCACUUCUGACAAAUUUUUCUCUUUAGAAUUCACAGAUGGAUUCAGUGGAAAAGACAACAAAUAGAAGUGAACAAAAAUCCAGUAGAAAGUUUUUAAAAAGCCUCAUCCGGAAGCAGCCCCAGGAACUGCUCUUGGUUAUCGGGACUGGCGUCAGCGCAGCCGUGGCCCCAGGAAUCCCUGCCCUUUGCUCGUGGAGAAGCUGCAUCGAGGCCGUCAUUGAGGCUGCAGAGCAGCUGGAGGUGCUGCACCCCGGGGACGUUGCCGAGUUCCGGAGGAAAGUGACCAAGGAUCGCGACCUGUUGGUUGUUGCCCAUGAUCUGAUCCGGAAGAUGUCACCUCGCACAGGCGACACCAAGCCCAACUUCUUCCAGGACUGCCUGAUGGAGGUGUUUGACAGCCUGGAGCAGCACAUCCAGAACCCUCUGGUGCUGCAGUCGAUCCUCAGCCUGAUGGAGAGGGGCACCAUGGUCCUGACCACCAACUACGACAACCUGCUGGAGAUCUUUGGCCAGCAACAGAACAAGCCCAUGGAGUCUCUGGACUUGAAGGACAAGACCAAGGUCCUUCAGUGGGCGAGAGGUCAUAUCAAGUACGGUGUUCUUCACAUUCAUGGCCUCUACACAGACCCCUGUGGGAUGGUAUUGGAUCCAUCAGGAUAUAAAGAUGUCACUCAGGACCCGGAAGUCAUGGAAGUCCUCCAGAACUUAUACCGUACCAAGUCUUUUCUGUUUGUGGGCUGUGGAGAAACCCUUCGUGAUCAGAUAUUCCAGGCCCUCUUUCUUUACUCUGUACCGAAUAAGGUGGAUUUGGAGCACUACAUGCUUGUACUGAAGGAGAAUGAAGACCAUUUCUUUAAGCAUCAGGCAGAUAUGCUUUUGCACGGAAUCAAAGUUGUAUCCUACGGGGACUGUUUUGACUAUUUUCCAGGAUAUGUGCAAGACCUUGCCACUCAGAUCUGCAGACAGCGAAGCCCAGAUGCUGAUCGAGUGGACAGCACCACACUAUUGGGUAAUACAUGCCAGGACUGUGCAAAGAGGAAGUCAGAAGAGAAUGGAAUUGAAGUUUCAAAAAAACUCAGACAACCAGAUACUGGUAUUGUGUCUUUUUUUUUGUGGGGAGCUGCCUCAGAUGAUGCUGGAGGGUCUUGAAAUACUUAAAACCAGUAAAACUUGCAACUUGAAAACCAGCCUUCUGUAACCACAGUGCCAUGCCCAAACCAAGAGGAAUGUACGGAGAACUCCACGUGGAUCUCCGACUGCGAAACAGUCACAUACACCAAGAGAGCCACAUGGGUGUGUGGCCCUCAGGGCUGGGUGAGAGGGCUCCCGUGUGUUGAACCGUGCAGGAGGUGACACGGACACACUUCAGGUGGACUUUGCGAGGACUGAUGGACAGCUACCUCAGGGGCCAGAAUCAGUGGGAAGGGGUGGAAACUGGUGUUCCCGUUCCCAUCUGACAGGCUCACUUUUUCCUAAUAAAAGGGGAGAGUAAA